GCCAGCCUAAAUGAGGGCAACCUAUCUGCCUUCACACAUUUAUCUGUCCAGUGACUUCUGCAUUUUGACUCAGAAUCUUUAAAAAUGUCAAGCGUUGUUGAGUAACAUUUAUCCACAUCAACUCUGGGCCCACCCCUGGACCCACUGGUGGGUCCAAUAUUGCAUAAUCAUAAUCAUUUAAAAAAAUCUAGAAGUUGUGCAGCACAAAACUAAUAUAUAUAUAUAUAUGGUAUUGUUUGAAAGCUUAGAACCUCAGAGUCAUAUUCCUGUUUGGAUCACUAACUCCGUGUGGAGCUACUAGCCUCAUACGCUAUAUCAGCUGGUUCAUUAGCUUGUUUUCUUCAAAAUGAAACCAUUUUCACAUGUUUAUGGGCAUGCAUGGCCAAAUGACAAUGCACUAUGUCACCGAUGUCUAGAUCAAAACAUGCAAUGCAGUUUUCAGCUUAUUAGUUUGGAUUGUGUUUGUUAGUCGCGAUUUCCGAUGAGGUCAUCAAGUAUUGUGUCAUACGUCAGAAAAGCUGAGGUUCUAAUAAGCUAUCCAGGGACAUGUCGAUCAUGCUUCUAGACAAUUCACAUCCCGAGAUCUCCUUUUGGAAAGUUGAGGAGGCGGGCAUGAUUUUUUCGCGGCAGGCAGAGAUCAUCGCAGAUGAGUUGGCGUUGAGUUUGGGUUAGUUGGAGAGCUUGGACAGUGUUUUUUUCGAGUAAUUGCGAGGUUUGUACAACUGGUUUGAGUGGUUUGUCUUUGGACACUGGCUUCAAGAAAGUUUUUUUGUCGGUGUGGAUGCUGUCUUGGAGGACCUUGAUCAUCAGAGUGACACUGAAACUUGCAGUGAUGCCAGUUUCGAUUCUGUUUGACAAGCUGCCUACAAUGCUGGCGAAGAUCCUGAAUUUGAUCUGGACAGUGGUGAUGAAAGGCAGCCAGAUCUGCCAUGCACCAGCAGCAAGGAGGUUGUUUGCCCACCUCACACCUCCAAGACCCCCACACCCUCUGUUGGUGAUUCUGUGAGGCCACAUAGAACUGGAACUCCCAGCAAGAAAAACAGAGGGAGGUAUCAUUCUGAACAGGGGACAAAAAGGUCAGCAAGUGCGAUUUCAGAGGAUGGUGUCACAGAAAGAUGGAAGGACUGUAGUGUGGAGGAUGAGGUUCCAGCCCUACCAAAUUUCCUUUCAAAAAGAAACCCAGGAGGCAGCUUGUAAUGGACAUGAUCUAUUCCCCAUUGCAGCUCUUUUAGCUCUUCUUCACAGGCUCUGUGGUGGACACCAUUGUGAAGAACACCAACAGCUUUGCACAAAUGAGGUCGGAGGCUGGAAAACGUUUCCUUUGGUUGCCUUUGAAUGCAGAGGAACUGUAUUCUUACAUCGCACUUGUCAUCUACACGGGGCUCCUCGGUGCAAAAAACAUCAUUGAUUACUGGUCUGGUAGAGAAAUAUACCACUUACCCUUCCCAAAAUCGGUCAUGUCCAGGUCCAGGUUUCAGGCCAUUUCUUGGAACCUGCAUCUUUGCAAUCUUGAGAAAAAGGGGGACUGAGGCCUAUGACAGACUCUUCAAGAUCAAGCCCCUGUACAAUGACAUCGUCUCGGCAUGCAAAACCUAUUUCCAUCCAGACAGACAGCUAGCAGUGGACGAGAGGAUGGUGGUUUCAAGGGCGCGAAUCGGCAUCAAGCAAUACAUGAAAGACAAGCCAACCUAGUGGGGCUACAAACUCUACAUGCUGGCUGAUUCUGCCUGUGGCUACACAUGGGACUUCUUCGUCUAUGAAGGCAAAUCUUCUCCGGCCAAUGGAAAAGGGCUCAGUUAUGAUUCUGUCAUGCAGCUCCUGGAUCUGUCACUUCUCGGCAAAGACUACCAGCUUUUUAUGGACAAUUUCUACACGAGCCCAUGCCUUUUUAUGGACUUGCUCUCUAAGAAGACUCUGGCGUGUGGCACAAUACGCACCAACCGGCAGGGCUUCCCCGAAACCGAGGCAAAUGACAUCAGCCGCAGAGCCCAAAGGGGAACCAUUCGAUGGCUCCGAGACGGGAAACUUCUCUUUGUUAAGUGGAUGGACACACGAGAGGUGACCAUGUGUUCGACAAUGCACAAGGCAUAUGACGGUGAUGAGGUCCUCAGGCGUGUCAGGAAUCCAGAGGGUGUAUGGGAAAGGCACAGAGUCCCGAUUUCAGCGGCAGUGAAAGACUAUAAUAAACAUAUGGGACGUGUGGACCUGUCAGAUGCCCUCAUUGGGUAUUAUAAUGUCCUACACAAAACGACGAAAUGGUACAAGACUUUUUUUUUCCAUUUUGUAGACGUUGCAGUGGUAAACAGUUUCAUUCUUUACCAGCACCUCUGCAAAUCUCAGAACAAAAGUCUUCUCAGCCAGAAGGAGUUUAGAGAGAGACUUGUGUCUGAGCUGGCCACACAGUCCAGCACUUUCAGAUGCCCCAGAGCCAUCUGCAUCCACAUCUCAUGCCCCAGAGCCGUCCACAAUGUUUUCCAGAGUACUUUGGGUCCGAUGCCGCAAGUGGGAGGAGAGUUUGUGCUUUGUGCAAACUUUCAGGCCUCAAAGUAAAGACUCCUAUGUACUAUAUAAAGUGCAAUGUACCCUUGUGCUUGGUGCCAUCUAGAAACUGUUUUAGAAAAUGGCACACUGAUGGACACUCUAAAUAAUGUCUUGUCGUUUCAUCAACGGUUGCAACCAACCAAACAAACAAAAAACUACAAGUUGCGCUUGUUUUUUCUUCUUCUUUCUUCUAUAGUAACUUGUUGACUUUUUAUAGUUACUAUAUGCUGUAUAUAGUUAUUUUAUAUCUUAGAUUUGUAUAUUGUUUUUGCACAUUUCUCUAAAACAUUUAAUUUAUUUUGUUGAAGUUUAUUAUCUUUGUGUACAAUAAAAUACAAGAACUGUUACAUUCUCAUACCUCACUCAUUUUUCCUUCUUUCAGUUAAAUCUAAAUUAUUUUUCUUUAGAAGGUGAUAUCAAGAAGAUUCUUUUUGUCCCCGUUUACUGCCACAUAGAGGAUUCAAAAGAAACCUUCCGCAGUGAAAUGCACCAAACAGGUCCUAAGUUACAGACCCUCGAAUAAAAACUCGAUUUAAAAAAUCGAUCAAAAUCUGACUUUUUAUCCUUGUUUAUCUUGAAAGUUUGAAUAAAUACAGUAAAAUAUUGCAUUUUCACAUACUUUCUCUAUGUCUGUUAUAUACUUUUUUUUUUAUUCCAUUGCUGUAAAAACGGUCUAAUUAAUUUUUGCUAGAUCAUUUUCUGCCCUCUUUCUGACUCCGAAUUAGCAAAAACAUCCUGUGUAAGACAACAUUAUGUAAGUGAGCCAUGCUGUGAUUGGCUAACUGCUUUACACGUGAAAUGAGCUGCAACUCUGAAGUUUCAGAAUACUUACAGAAGGGAUAUUUUUAACUGUUUUAUUCAUAUUUUUUAUUAGUUUUCAUUUUGAUUCUUUAUUUUUUAAUUUGAAAGUUUUUUUUUACAUAUAAAUCUAUGCCAUUUUUAUUUCACUUUCACUUAUUAGAGAGUCAAGAAACUAAAUAAAAUAAGUUUUGCAUCAGGUUUAAAAAAACAACAACAUUUUUAUCAGUUAAAGUUUAUUCUAUUUAAAUAGUUUUAUGGUUUUUGUAUUAUGUAACUAUAAUGACAUGCCAUUGUUUUCAAUGUUUAUUUAUUUAUUUAUUUAUUUAUUUUUGGCAAAUGGCCACAGCUGAAACACUCUUAAAAUAUUUCCUCACGUAAAGGUACAACUCUUUUUGGCUGUAUUGGCAAAUUAAUACAUUUCAUUAUUAUAUUAUGUUACAGUAUAUUUGUCUUCUGAGCUUUUGAAUGCACCAGUGUUAAGAGAAUAUUCAUAUGUUUUUUAUUGUUAUUUUUUAUACCUUCCUAUCUGUGUGGAUAAUGAAUAAUGUGUCUGUUUC